AUGGACUUCGUUCCGCUAUUCGGAAUGGCGUUGGGUGCAGCGCUUCGUUCGCUCACCUACGGUCGGUUGCUCCACCAGAGCUUUUUCGAAGCCAAACGAAUGUCGCCCUUUCAGAUCGAACUGUGGAUCACCGAACGACAGCACGCCUACCGAUCAUUCGGGUUCGUAGCUGCGCUCAUGGAACGCAUCCCACUCAUCGGACUGAUCUUUUCCAUCUCGAACCGCAUCGGUGCUGCCAUGUGGGCGCACGAUCUGGAAAAACGUCAACAACGAAUCCGCUCCUCCACCACUUCCUCCGAUGCUACCAAUUCGAUCGCUUCCGGGAUCGAGCCCAGUGGUGGAGGUGUCCAGUUGGAAGAAUUUAAAAGCAAACCGACGCUCAAGAAGAUCUACAAGAACGUCCAGCAAGACGCCACGCAGAGCGUAGAGGAAGACGGGGGAAAUGACAGCAACUUCAACGGUGAGGGUCUGGCCGUUCUGCGUUGUGCAAAGUCGGGACGAGGAGUGUUUACACAUCUCUCUUUUACUUUUCCGUUGAAACUCAUGUCGCCCGUGGUCAGUUCCAGGAACGCUACGCGUCAAACCACAACCAUGAUCCGCGAGGUUUCCUCGGAGCAAGAACGUCAAAGCGAAGGAAGAGCGGGGGGAAAGGUGGUGAAUGCGAUGUAUGUGGUGGGGUAUGGUGGGGGGUUGGUUUCGGGCGACAGUGUGGAGCUGGAUGUGGAUGUGGGGAUGGGAUGCUGUUUGAUGGUGUUGACGCAGGGAAGUACCAAGGUGUUCAAGACGAGGGUUAGUCGGCCUACGCGGGGAGUGAGUACGGCGAGCUUCACUUCCAACCGUCGAAUCGCUCAAGGGGAGGAGGUGAAGAUUGCGACAAGGCAGAACUUUCGAUUCCUCAUCCGACCCAAUUCGACGUUGGUGCUUUUUCCCGAUCCUGUGACGUGCUUCGCAAACGCACGCUACGACCAAAUCCAACGGUUCGAUCUACGGCACCCUUCCACCUCCUCCUGCAUCGUUCUCGACUGGAUCACACCGGGACGAACCGCCGUGCCCCCACCACCAUCCCAAACCAAACGACUGGAUCAUCUCGAUUCCCACUCGUCUUCGUCCACCGCACAGCACGCAACAGCCAAAGACUACAGCAUACCACCGCGAUCCGCCGAGCUAUGGGAGUUCGCCUCGUACCGCUCGAGGAACGAACUGCGCAUCGCGGGAACCGUCGUCGCUCGAGAUACGAUCCUGCUGUCGCAAUCGGAGAACGAGUUCUUCGUGGAUCCGAUCAGCGGGCAAAAAUUCACAGAGUUGGCGCGGAGAAACCAUCCAUUCGGUUGCUACGCUACGCUGAUCCUGGCUGGGAUUGAUGCGGAGGAGGUAGGCGUGCGGUUGGAGAGCGAGUUUGAAAAGAUCCAGCAGAGACCGACGACGACGCUGAGGGAAGAGGAGGUGUUGUGGAGCUUGAGCAGCGUGGAGGAAGGGAGGUCCAUUCAUCGCUGCUCUGUCAAGAAAAAAACCAUGAAUCUCCUUGCUCUCCUCCUCUCCAGCAUCUCCCUGCUUCUCUUCAAAUCUGUCUCCGCCUCCUCCGCAUCACCCGGCCUGAACCUCUUCUACAACUACGACACAUUCUGCAACUCUCCUCCCACCAGCGGUCCCUCGAUCCACUACUUGCAUAUCUGCGUCGAUUCUGCCGACGGACCCGUCGUUCAGCAGCUCGACGCUCCCGGUCUCUACUCUGUCUUUUCCAACCCAUCCAACAACUCGCAAUUUGUCAUCGUUCUGUGGGACCCGACCUUUAAUAGUCAGGUUCAGACGAAGAACUACUUGUUCACCAUGUAUGCGGGAAGCCAGUUGGCGCAGCCUGGGUGUGCCGAGUGGUACGUCACCGAUCUGAAGGACGGCAAGUGGGUGGGACCAAAGGCCUACUUCUUUCCACACAUCGUUCCUACACUCAAAACGACGCGUUUGUCUUUGCUCCUCUUCGCAGCGCUUUCCGUAGCACCUUCCAUCGCUAGACCCGCCAUAGCACCUGCCGGUCUCGACCUCUUCUACGGCUGGAAGACCUUCUGCUCUGAUCCCCAUGCCAAAUUCCCCGAUCAUACGUACCACCUUUGCGUCGGCGCUAACACCGGAUCCAAAGCCGACGUUAUCGAUUCCACGGGCUCUGUCUCUGUCUAUAUUAACGACGUUGACAAAACCAAGUUUGCCAUCGUCCUCUGGAAUAAGGAUUCCAAGGCAACCGUUAAGACGGAGCAUACCAAGAUCGAUGUGCAACCGGACAAUGACUUUGGAAAUGGUUGCGUUUGGUACGACAUCGACGGAGAUGAAGGUAUGUCGAUGGGUGAUAUUUGUCCGACCGACAGUAUGGUCGUGAUUCCUGGGGGAAAUCAGGAUGGGGGACCCGAUUACGGCCCACCUAGCAGUGGAUCUGAUGGCGGCCCCCAUUAG